AAUUUUGCUCGUUCACGCGCCAUGUUUGUUGCUCUCGAUCAGCUGUCGGCGCACGGUGGAAAUAAGAAUUGACCAUUUAAUAACACGAGCGCCAAAAACUGUCGACAUUCGGCCGAAAUAUCGGGUGUUUGCUCAUGAAAAUCUUUCGACACGCGCGUUGGACGAGAUGAUGCCACGUCCUCGUCAUCUCCAUCUCCACGGAGUAGAGCACUGAGCGAAACAAACAACCCUUUGGCGGUGUGCUUUCAUCACUACAAUUUGCUCAGUGCACUCACCAGACUGAGAUUUUUCCGUAAUAAUUAUGCAUCACAUCCGACGGUGCUCGACCAGAUUUGGCUUCUUGCUGACCUCCACCAACGCCAGCGAAAUCCGCACUCCGGCCUGCUCUUUUCACAGUGGCAAGCAAAUCGCUUCCAAAUGGAGAAAGCCCGAGGAUCUCGGACACACGAUGAUCCUGGUCCAGGACGGCUGCGAGAUCAACGAACUGCCCGUUAUAGUGAGAAAGGUGAACGACGUGAUAAAUUUCAGCACAACCUCAAAGGUUCCGCCAAAAGAUGCUCCAGUGAACGAGGAGCACGAGGAAGAGGCCGUGAGUGCCAUUGACCGGUGUCACACCCUCAAGUCGGUCUACUCGCUGCUGGAGAUCUUGCCAAAGGAAGAGGUGACGCCCGUGAUCUCCGUGCACGCGCUGAAACGAAUCCUCGACCUGGAGAACAACCACCAGUUCCGCAACCAGGAGACCAGCAAGGACGCCAACUUCACGCGGGCGGCGGUGGUCAGCGAGCUGAUUGACAUCGUGGCCACCGGCAAGGAUGACGCGGCGGUGGUCAAGGCGCUAAGGAUCGCUGUGCGAGACCUGUCUGGCUGCCAGGAGCACAAGGACAGACUGAAGAAUGAGGUGCUUGUGCGCGCCACCGAGAACAAACUGAGUCUGAGCCUUUUGUGCGACGCCGUGCGCUCCUUCUCGCACCUCCGCUCGGACGACGUGGACAAACUGUGGGUGGGUUUCGUGUCCAGGGAGGCGGACAUCUCGGAAAACAACGUCCUUGACAUGUUCAGGGUACUGCCCUUCCUCAAGGAGAGCAGGCAGGCUAUCUUCCAGAUCCUUGAGCGGAAGAUGAUCGGCCCGACUGGCUUCUGGUGGCAAAUCUCGCCCCGCCAGCCGAUUGUCGGCGAGAUUCUGGCUCUGAUGAAGUCAUCAAGACUGUCUUCGGUGCGGCUGCUUGCCGCGCUUAGCAAGUGGACCAACAUCAACAUUCACCUCAUCAAGCCAGACCAUCUCAACUGCAUCAUCUCGGCCAUUUCUUCCCACAAUUAUUCGGAUGAGGCACUCAAAGUUGCGCUCGAGCGAUUCGUCAAAGCCAACCAAAAGAAGAUUAAACCCCAAGCGCAGCAAAGCCUCUACGCCAACAUAAUGGCCCACAUCAUGAAAUUCAGGCACCGGUCUGACGUGAUUCUCGACUGCGGCGCCAACUUCUUCGUGCGGUGCUCCAACCUGACGCCGACGCAAAUCACGCACUACCUAUCAGCAUUCGGCCACCUAAACUACCAGCCGAAAAACGCGGAGGCCUUCUGGAUGCACCUGGAGUCGGUGCUGGACGCCAAGUUCGCACAGUUCAAGCCGUCGGACGCACUGGACACGCUGCUCUACUGCAUCUACCUGCAGAAGCACCCACUUAACUUCGUCUCCAGGGUGUUCAACCCGAACUUCCUGGACAGACUGUCGGACGACUCGAUGGCGCAAGCGCAGCCCGAGGCGACGCUGAUCGUCAACCGGAACAAGCUGCAGGCGCUGGACGCCGCGCUCACUCUCGAGUGUCCCAAUACCUACAACGGCCCGCUGCUGCCUAAGAACCCGGUCAGGCCGAUCUGGCAGGAUGGCCGCAUUCGCAGCAUGAGCUUCUACCUGCGCGACCUCCUGUCCAACUCUGACAGACAGGCCGCCAAUUCUGUGCUGCUUAGCGAUCUGCCCGCUAUCGAAUUAUUCCUCGUCGACCUCGUCGUCCAUCCCACGGUGAGCGGCUGGAACAAGAAGCUGAGCAACGUGGACCGCUCGCAGUGCACAGUCCUGCUAAUCCACGUGCCUGAGCAUUACAGCAGAGAUGGCAAAGAACUUACCGGACCGCAGGUCUUGCGAAAGCGGAUUUUCAUGUCGCUCGGCUUUGAGGUGGUCGAUUUGAACUAUGACACCCUCAACAGACUGAAAGUGCAUCCCAACGCCAUCAGGCAGCACGUGGAAAAAAUGUUGCAGGCCAACAGAAAGGACAAUGGCACCAAGUGAUUUUUUGAAAUGUUGCAACUAGUCAGUUAAAAAACUAAUAAAUUUCCGAAUUUCCCUAGUGUUAAUUAUUGCAUCUUUAAUUAUAUCCUAACA